GGUUUUCUGAGCCCCCGUAGGACGGAGUUUCCUAGACUUGUGGCUCCGCACGCCGCGCGGCUUCCGCCGUAGCCCCCGCUUCCUCCUCGCGUGUCUGGUGCGGCGGGCUCUCUAGGCCGGCGCGUCUCUAUGGCCGCAGGGGCGUCAGUUCCGCAGACUCUCUCGGCACCAUGGCUCCGGCGAGAGAAAAUGUCAGCUUAUUCUUCAAGCUCUACUGCUUGACAGUGAUGACUCUGGUGGCCGCAGCUUACACCGUAGCUUUAAGAUACACAAGGACAGCAGCUGAAGACCUCUACUUCUCAACCACUGCCGUGUGUGUCACAGAAGUUAUAAAGUUACUGAUAAGUGUUGGACUGUUAGCUAAAGAAACUGGAAGUCUGAGUAGAUUUAAAGCCUCUUUAAGUGAGAACGUCUUGGGGAGUCCCAAAGAGCUGGUGAAGUUAAGUGUGCCCUCGCUGGUGUACGCUGUACAGAACAACAUGGCUUUCCUAGCUCUCAGUAACCUGGAUGCAGCUGUGUACCAGGUGACCUAUCAACUGAAGAUUCCCUGUACUGCUUUAUGUACUGUUUUAAUGUUACAUCGAACACUCAGCAAAUUACAGUGGAUUUCAGUUUUCAUGCUAUGUGGUGGGGUCACACUUGUACAAUGGAAACCAGCCCAAGCUACAAAAGUCGUGGUAGCACAGAAUCCAUUAUUAGGCUUUGGCGCUAUAGCUAUUGCUGUAUUUUGCUCUGGCUUUGCAGGAGUUUAUUUUGAAAAAGUUUUAAAGAGUUCAGACACUUCCCUUUGGGUGAGAAACAUUCAGAUGUAUCUGUCAGGGAUCGCUGUGACGUUAGCUGGUGCCUACUUGUCAGAUGGAGCGGAAAUUAAAGAAAAAGGAUUCUUCUAUGGCUACACAUAUUAUGUCUGGUUUGUUAUCUUCCUUGCUAGUGUGGGAGGCCUCUACACCUCUGUUGUAGUGAAGUACACAGACAACAUUAUGAAAGGCUUCUCUGCGGCCGCAGCCAUUGUUCUUUCUACCAUUGCUUCAGUCAUACUGUUUGGAUUACAGAUAACACUUUCAUUUGCACUGGGAGCUCUUCUUGUAUGUGUUUCCAUAUAUCUCUAUGGCUUACCCAGACAAGAUACUACAUCCAUUCAGCAAGAAACAACUUCAAAAGAGAGAGUCAUUGGUGUGUGAUUUGAAUCUCAAGAGAUUCCUAUAAGGACUAAACUGUUGAUAAUAAAUUAGAGCCUUAAGUCAACCCCAGAUGGUAGCGUAAACAAUGUCAACAAAUUAACUGUAUGACAUAAGAAUCAAGAAGAAAUGCUGAAUGAAAUGAAAUGCUAAAAUUAAUUUGGGUGUUUUUGGUGUCAAGUUAUAUUAUUUCAAAAUGAAGGACUUCAUAUAUGUGAGAGAGACAGAGAGAGAGAGAGAGAGAGAGAGAGAGAGAGAGAGAGAGAGAGAGAGAGAGAGAGAUAUCUUGAACACAGAGCAUGGAAGUGCCAUGGUAUCCGUGUGUGUGUGUGUGUGUGUGUGUGUGUGUGUGUGUGUGUGUGUGAUAUACACAGAGCACAGAGACAAUGAUGCAGGUGAAACUACAAUAUUCAAGCAACAAGGUUUAAGACAGUGUCUGAGGGUUUAAGUGCCAAAGCCAUUUCUGUACACACUGUUCCAGGUACUGGGAAAGGAAGGUGAGCCCUCUUCUCCAGUUCAUGGAUAGUACUUUGUCCCCAUUGCAGUAAAAGAUCUAGCUUCUCUUAUCAAAGUGAGGAGGGAGUAAGACAGUUCAGAACACACCUCACUGUGUAACUUAUAAAUCAGGAUCUACUUCCUAGCUCAGACACUGACUUGUGGGUGAUGACUGAGAACCUUAGUGAUGUAUUUGUGCCAUUCACUGUCUGGUUCCUAUUUCUUUGCUGUCAGCUGAUACACUUUUCAGAAAAUUUUAUAAGCUGCUUUUAUACUUUCUUUUUUAUAAAGUAUGGUUACCUGUUGGGCUCUCAAUUUGUGACUUUCAGUGAUUUUAAAGUAUUUCUAUAAUGUUAAUGGGGAAAUCCAGCAAUAAACUUAUUUAUACCACG